ACUGCCUCUGCUCUGCUCCUCUCUGCUCCAGUCAGGCUCCUGCUUUUCAGCCGGCUGCAGCUAAUGAGCCUUUGUGUGACCAAAGAGCAAGAGAGAGCGAGAGAAAGAGAAAGAGAGAGAGAGGAACACUGUGACAGACAGGGAGUUAAAGUGAGAAAGACUGUCGUCUUGCAACAAUAAAGCAUAUGGUAGCGACAGUGCAGUCAGAGCUGGAAGUCUCUCUCACACUCCUGCACCCUUUUUUCUCAUGCACGUGGAGCUCAGGGGUCGCUGCAAGUCAGUGGACUGAAACAAAAUGGGAACCUCUUCAUUCAUCAUCUUUCACCUUUUUUGAAUAGCCACAUUUAUGAUUGUGUGGCUGCGCUGCUGUGAGAAGAGGUGAAAAGAGUCACAGUCUGCCAGUGGAUACAGGUGCAGAUGCGGCGGGCCAUGAGUGGAAUACUGAAGAGGAAAUUUGAGGAGGUGGAAGCCUCCUCCUCCCCGUGCUCUUCUUUGCGGGAGUCUGAUGAUGAGGUCUCCUGCAGUGAGAGUGGGGACAGCAGUGACAGUGUAAACCCCUCUGCCUCAGGCCCUUUCACCCCUGACUCAAUACUGAAGAGAGAGAAGCGCCUGCGGACGAGGAGGGUGCAUUUUGAGAAUGUGACAGUGUACUACUUCAGCCGGCGGCAGGGCUUCACCAGCGUGCCCAGCCAGGGAGGCAGCACGCUGGGUAUGUCCAACAGGCACAGCUGGAUCAGGCAGUACUCCCUGGGUGAAUUUGCCCUGGAGCAGGAGAGGCUCCACAGAGACAUGCUCAGAGAUCACCUGAAGGAGGAGAAACUCAACUCAAUCAAACUCAAGCUGACUAAGAAUGGCACAGUGGAGUCUGAAGAGGCCAACACGCUCACAGCAGAGGACAUUUCUGACGAUGACAUCGAUCUGGACAACACAGAGGUAGACGAGUACUUCUUCCUGCAGCCUCUUACCACUAAAAAGCGUCGGGCACUGCUGCGCUCCUCUGGGGUAAAGAAGAUUGACGUGGAAGAGAAACAUGAACUGCGGGCGAUCCGGAUGUCCAGAGAGGACUGCGGCUGUGACUGCAGAGUCUUCUGUGACCCAGAGACCUGUGCCUGCAGCAUCGCAGGGAUCAAGUGCCAGGUGGACCGUAUGUCAUUUCCAUGUGGCUGCACAAAAGAGGGCUGCAGCAAUUCAACUGGGAGAGUGGAGUUUAAUCCCAUCCGUGUUCGGACCCAUUUCUUGCACACCAUAAUGAAACUUGAACUGGAGAAGAGUCGUGAGCAGCAGCAGGCGUCCCCCGCCAACGGUUACCGUGGUGAUACUAACGACCUGGGAAGCGGAAACCCUCUCGUUCAGUCCCAGCACAGGUUGGAGUACUCUCUGUCAGACGCUGUUCCACAGACGGCCAGUAUGCACCUGCAGGCUGCCGACGAGAUGGAGGAGCCGCUAGAUGACGAAGACGAGGAAGAAGAUGAAGAAGACGAGGAGGAGGAGGAAGAGGAGAACGAAGAGGACGAGGAGGAUAGCAGCAGUGUUUGCAGCGUACUGUCUGACUCCAGCACCCAGAGCUUAGAUAACAGCGACUCUGAGGACGAGGAGGACGAUGAUGAGGAUGAAGAGAAGUCUGAUAACUUUCAGGACGACAUGACAACCCUGUCAGUGUCUCAUACUGAAGUGGUCCCCUUGUCCCCUGUAUUGUGUUACAGUGAUGGCUCUGUGGCACAUGAUAACAUGAACGGAAACACUUAUUUAAUGAACUCUUCUUCAGCUGAGUACUAUCAGCUGGGGAGCUCCAGCGCCGUCUCUAAUGGCCAAACCAACCAACCCAAUAAACCCUACGGGGAAGCCUUAGCAUUCCAAGAUCCAGUCAGCACGACCAAUGGCAGCGUGGCCCAAGGACCAUUCAACGUGUCUGCUGAGCAGUACACAGACUACUCUAACCAGGCUGAGGAACAAUACACAGUUAAUCACCCUUUCACUCUGACCAACGGUGCUCCUGCCACCCCCUCGACCUGCUACACACCUGAUCAGGAGAAGAAGGUGUUGUCCACAGCGACAUUUGUGGAGCAGCCUGACAACCAGAGCCAGACAGAGUUUCAAAACUUCCUGAACAAUAACACCCAGGGUUCCUACAGCAGCCACAGCUCAUGUACGACAGCUGAACAGCCACAGCAAGAGUCCAAUGUUAAUGGACACUCUGACCUGACCUUACUAGCAAACAAUACUAAGAACCUCCCUUUACCAGACCAUUGCCCCGAGGUCACAGCCAUUUAGUGGGCCUCACCUUUUGAAGUGUUCUUUCAAUAUUACGUCUUUACUUGAGCCUGACCAAGUGGUGUUUUAAGGGAACUAAAUCAUGGCCUUUUUGCAUUAUAUGACCUUAAAUUUCAAAGCAGUGUACGGCACCGUAGUACAUUCUCAUCUGUAACUAUAAAGCCAUAGGUUCAUGAUGGAAAUGUUUUUGAGGAAAUAUUUGCUCCUGAAGGUUUCUCCACUACAGUGUGCGCUUAACUGCAAGAUGGAACAGAUCAAAAACAUUUUAAAACAUCAGUUAUGUCAUGCUGUGCAAUGUAUCUUGUAAUUUCAGAUGUAAAGUUCUAGUUUUAAGCAGAUAUUGUACUGUAGAUGGAACUUUUCUAUGUCUACUGUAUGUGUCAAAUGUGCAAAAAAGGUUUAUUGUCAGUUUAUGUAUUGUUUCUGAAUUAUGUGUAUACUUAUAUACUGUAAAUGUUUUGAUAACAAUACGCAUGCUGUUUUGGGAAUCUCAGUGACAUUUAGGGGGGAAAAAAAUACCUUUUUUUUUUUUUACAUAAAAAUGUGUUGUAUACAUAAUGUACAUUUCUCUUCUUCUUUUUGUCACUAGUAUAUGCUUUUCUAUGGUUUUGAAAAGCAUGAGAAAGCCUGAAUUCUUAUUUGUAUGUUUGGAAUACAAUAUCAAUUGCAUAAAAUGUCAAAAAUCAAUUCACAGCCUUUUGCACUUAUGUGUGGGGUCUAGUGGCAUGCAGUUGGUUUUAACUGAUAAAUACUGAAAAAUAUGGCCCCACACCUUUUUCUCCACUGUUCACUCUUAGAAUACCAUGAUUUGCAGAUGUUACUACAAAUGAAGAUUUAUUCUUUCACUGAUACAGGGAUAUUAAUAAAGUAGCACUUUGACAUAUCUCCAAAAGUAUGAGGAGCUCUAUGAUUCAUCAUAGACAACAGAACACUAUCUUUAUGAUUGAAUUAGAUUAAGAUUAGAUUCAUUUAAAAAGCAUCCGUAACCAGUCCUGUUCUGUGGACAAAAUAUUGACCCAAAAUAAUGUGUCAAUAUUUCAUAAAUUAACUGGUUAUUGGAUUUCUGCUUUUGAACGCUGUAAAAGCUACAUUCCACUGUCUAAUAACUAAGAUGUUUAUUUAUGUGGAUCUAAUAAUGACGUUGAUUUGUUCUGUUGAAGUGUUAAGUGCAAUAGUUUGAUGGUUUUUAAAAGGCAUUCCCUUUUAGAGGAAAUCCUAGGCAAGUACACUGAGAUUACAUUUAACUGACUGUCAUGGUACUUAAUAUUGUACUUAAAGCACCAUUAAUUUACUAAAAAAAAUAUGCCACAGUUUCAAUGAUUGUAUAUGAGGGAAACAAAUGUUCAAGGUUGACAAUCAAAGCUUAGUAUUAAACAUAAUUCAUAUCAGUAAGUAACAGCUACACAUUAUGACUCCUGAGUCCCAUGAGCCAUUGAAAAUGACUUAAAAGCCAGAUAUUCAAAAAUAGUUUACCAAAAACCUGUAAAUAACCUUUUAACACAUCUUUAUAAAAUCACUGACAAAAAGGAAAUUGGAGUGACCGCUCAAAAAUUGGGGGACUGCAAUAAUUUAGUGAAUAGUAUUACUGUAAUAUGUUGCUGAAGUUCUUUACCUUGAGCUGUUUGCUCCUGCAUGAACACAGAUAUUGGUCCCUCUUCCAAGCUUGCAAAUAUCUGCCCAUAUUUUAUAAUCACUAGGAUCAGUACAAGAGUUGUGGUGGUUCUGUGUGACUGCGGAUUAGCUGGGACUGCUCAUGCCACCUCGGUGGUACAAAAGAAGUGCACAGACUGCUUUCAGGCAAUCAGUGGCAUCAAUAUGGCCUAUAGAACAGAUUAAUUGUGCCAAAGCAUACAGUGUGAGAAGGCUUGAUACAAUGACACUGCAUCCAGUUAAGAAUCCUGUGUUGGAUUUUAUUUUCCAGUAUUUAUUAUAAAUGAUAUAUUGAAAUGUGUAUUUAUUGUGGUUUACUAAAAGUCUGUAUUGAGUAAAUUGAUUGACUAUCUUAAAAUUGUCUUUUGUUUCAUGCUGGUUGUGAGUUGUAAAGCUUCAUGUGCCUGAUUUAUUUAAUUUUUUUUUUCUUAUUCUGUGAAAUGCAUACGUUUUGCACAAAAUAUUACAAUUUUUUUCCCAUGUGUUUGGUUUUCCAACUGUAGAUAGAGUUAAUUUUCUGUUUGAUUUUUAACAUGGUUUUGAAAUAAAUUUAAUUAAAAUUGCUAAAAUUGUUAGUCAA